AUGGCGCAGCCGACAUACGCCGGGCUCGCGCGCGUAGAGUUCGAGUACGAGGCGCAGACAGAGGACGAGCUCACCGUCCAGGAGGACCAGGUCGUCUGGGUGCUCGAGGACGAUGACCAUGACUGGCACAAAGUCAAGGUCAAAGUUCCCGAUCCCUCGACCGCCUCUCCCCCCGGCCUCGUUCCAGCCUCCUACCUCGCCCCCGUCCCCGCUCUCCGAACAACAACAGCCCUGUACGACUACGCGCCCGCUCGAGACGAGUCUACGGGAGAGCUAGAGAAUGAUGAGGAGAUGGAGAUUGCGGAGGGAGAGGAGUUGGAGGUCUUGGAGGAAGAGAGCGAGUGGGUGCUUUGUCGCAAGACGGGCGGGACGAAAGGCGUCGGAUAUGUGCCGGCGACCUAUAUCGAUGGCGGUGCGGGUGCAGAAGAAGCUGCUGCGGCAGUCGAUGCUCCCGAAGAAGAGGCUCACGAAGACUACGCACAAGUGCACGAGGAGCCCGAGGAGGAGGAAGAUCACUCCGAGAUCAAGACCUGGAGCGUGACGAUGCUCGACGCAAAGAAGAAGAAAAAGAAGGGCACGCUCGGCGUUGGAAACGGCGCGCUUUUCUUUGCGAGCGAGAGCGACAAGACUCCCGUCCAGCAAUACCCGCUCUCGUCUCUCGCCGACAUUGCAAGCGAAAAGUCGAAGCACCUCCACCUCUCCUUCCCCUCUGCACCCGACGGCGAGCCACUCCACUUCGUGAUUGGCGACAAGUCGACCUUUGACGACAUCGUCGCCAAGAUCGAGUCGGACCGAGGCGGACCUGCUACGAACGGCGCUUCUUCCUCUAUCCCGCCUCCGCCUCCUCUUCCCGGCACGAAUGGCUCUGCUGCGCCUCCGCCACCACCACCGCCUCCGCCUCCUCCUGGUCCUGCCGCCGCUUCUUCCUACAUCCCGCCUCCUCCGCCCAUCCGCAGCACCCCCUCGACUUCCUCGGCCCUCCCUCCUCCUCCAAUCCGAAGCGCAGCCACGCCUUCCCCCGCCCCUCCUGCCGCACCUCCCGCUCCCGCCGCGCAGAAAGGCAACGCUCUCGCACUCUACGACUUCGAGUCGCAGGGCGACGACGAGCUCUCCCUUGCCGAGGGGGAGCGCGUCGAGUACAUUCCUGGCGGAAGCGACGAUGCCGAGUGGGCGAAAGUGCGCCGAGUAGACGGAAGCGGCGAGGAGGGAGUCGUCCCGGCGAGCUAUAUCGAGAUCGACGAGGGUGUCGACAUGAACGCUUCCGCCCUACCUCCUGUCCCUGCUGCUCCGGCGAUGCUCUCGCCUGUUACGACCGCUCCGCCUGUCCCCACUCCUCCACCACCUCCGCCUGCACCGCCUGCGCCCGCCGCGAACGUCUUGCGACCUCCGCCUAUCCGGUCUGUCGCCGCUGCAAACGCAGAGUCUCGCCGCUCUGUCCCGCAGGGCGACGAGGACGCCGAAGACGAAGCAGCGCUUCGCGCGCAGCUCGAGGCAGACGCAAAGGCGCAGCGCGACCGUGAGCGACGGGCGGAGAAGGAGCGUCGAGCGGAGCGCGAGAGGCGCGAUCGGAUGAAGAGCCAGCCGCGCGCUUCGCCCAUUCCUGUCCCGAACACGCGGGACGAAGUCGAUUCCGACUCGGGCGCUGCGCCGCCUCCUCUCGCUUCACGUCCACCAAAGGAGAAGAAGCGCGAGGUGCGCAAGCCUAAUGCGGCCAAGACGCGAAUCUGGAAGGAUCGCACGGGCCAAUUCAAGGUCGAGGCGGAGUUUCUCGGGCUCAACGCGAACAAGAUUCGCUUGCACAAGCUCAAUGGCGUCAUUAUCGAGGUUCCGGUUGAGAAGAUGAGCCUCGAGGAUGUCGCGUACAUCAAGCAGGUCCAGUCGGGCGGUAGUAGCUCGUCGAGGCGCGACCGGGAGAGGGAGCGCGAGGGCAGCAGUGACCGCCGCGAGCGGGACAGGGACCGCGACGGCCGGUCUCGCUCGUCGCGCACGGACGCCGUCAAGUCGGUCGUGACCGUCUCGAAGCCUCGUCGAUCCGACUUCGACUGGUUCGACUUCUUCCUCCAAGCCGGCUGCGACGUCGAUCACUGCACGCGGUACGCCCGCAACGCCGAGAACGAGGGGAUCGACGAGACGCUCAUCCCGGACUUUGAGGAGUCGAACCUGCGCGGGUUGGGCAUGAAGGAGGGCGACGUCAUCCGCGUCAAGCGGUUCAUCAAGGAGAAGUACGCCAAGCCGCCGCCUACGCCCGACAAGGAUGCACCUUCGUCCUCGCUCUCGCCCGCCGCAGCCCUGAGUGCGUCUGAUCGCGAUGCACAGAUCGCUGCCGACCACGCGCUCGCCCAAAAGCUCGCACGAGGCGAGCCGAUCCCGCCUGCGCCUCAGCUGUUCAGCUCGGGUCCGGAGGGAACGCUCAAGCCCCGUCGAGGAAGGCGCAACACGGCUGCGAGCAACACCUCCGUCAACUCGGGCGCGUUGACUGCAGCCGCCUCGGAGCUCGAGAAGAAUCGCACGACUUCGCCCGCGACUACUCCAUCCGCCUCAACUCAGCGACCGACUUCCCCUGUCGAGAGCCGGAAGCGGUCGAGCUCGACGGUCCCCGUCCACGGCGGUUUCCCCGUCCACGGCGGUUUCGACGACGAUGCGUGGGAAGUCAAGCCGUCUAGCAAGCCGGCAGCGUCUGCACCCUCGCCUGCUCCCGCCGCGCCUUCUCCUCCGCCUGCACCGACGCCGCCUCCCGCUCCGCCGGCGCCCGCCCCAGCCACGUCGCCUGCCCCAGCACCUGCGAAGCCUGCCGAGCCGCCUCGCACCGACUCGAACGCUGGCCUGACUUACAACGACGGCUUGCUCGCUCAGCUCGGCAUUGGCGCGACCGGCAUCUCUUCCCGCCCCUCGUCUACCCCCGCCCAAGUCGCCCAGCCGACUGGCUCAUCGUCGUCGUUUAUCACGCCACAAGCGACCGGCUUCAACCCGAACGCGCCACGCGGUCCCAUCGCACCUGUUCCGGCGAACCAGGGUCUCCUCGCCCCCCUUCAGCCGAUGCGGACGGGCAUGCCUGCCGCUCAGGCUCUUCAGGCGCAGAACACGGGCUUCUUCCCUGGCGCCACCACGAUUGGCGUCAUGCCCAUGUCGACAGGCUUCUCGGGCAUGCCGAUGAUCAGCCAGCCGACCGGGUUCUCGAGCAUGACCGCACCGAUGUCGAUGCAGCCAACCGGCUUCGCCCCUCAAGCGACGGGCUUUGCCUCGCAGCCGACCGGUUUCAGCUCGCAGCCUACCGGCUUCAUGCAGUCGCAGCCGUCAGGCUUCAUGCAGCCUCAACCGACCGGCUUCGGAGGCGGCGGGUCCGUCUUCAACCAGCCUCAGCAGCCGCAACAGCCUCAGCAGCCGAUCCAGUUCAACCCGAUGCCGCCUUCGUCGUCCUCGCAGUCUUCGGCGAACACGGUCGCGUCGACCGGCGCAACGCACAACGCACCGACCAACGUCUUUGCGUCAAUGAAGGACGGCACGUUCGCCAAGGGCUCGACGCACCUGCCGCCGCAGGACUCGACUCGCUACGACGCGCUGCGGCCAGGCAUGCUGCAGGCUCAGCCGACCGGCUUCAUGCAGCAGCCGCAGCAGCAGAUUGGAAUGGGCAUGGGCAUGGGCGGCAUGAUGCCGCAGAUGACUGGCUUCAUGCCUCAGCAGCGGCCGCAGUACGGCUACCAGCCUUACUAG